CAAAAAAUCACUUUAGAUUACACUGCCUCUUUCAUUUUCCGAACCACUACGAUGAACCACGACACUCAGGUAAUACCGGCUAAGAAGAGGAGAUUGGCUGGCGCAUGCGAUAGGUGUCGUAGAAAGAAAGUCAAAUGUGAUAGCUCUACCACGUUAGGCAAUCGUUGUUCAAACUGUGUCGCAUUCGAUGCAGAGUGCACGCAUGGGGAUCUGAUCAAGAAACGUGGGCCAAAACCAAUGUAUACUCAAGAGUCCCUUCCUGCCGCAUCGCACACAGAGAGAGAUGGGUCUGACAUUAGCUAUGUACAGCACUUGGAAAGACGCGUGAACCAGCUGGAAAGUACGCUUAAAGAGCUCAAUCCGGAUGUCGAGCUACCAGAAGCAGCAGCAGGACGAGACAUAUCACCCGAUUAUAUGCCGAUAUACUCGUAUGCAAGUACAUCCCGACGAUCGAGUGAAUCACUCGAACCAGCCCAGCCUGAAGAUGACUUUUCACAUCCCGAUCUCGUGGAAAAUAUGAAAAAUAUGUCGAUUCGUGAAGGCAAACACUUUAGCGAGAGGUAUUUUGGACCGUCAAGUACCUUUUCGCUGCUUACCAGUGUCCUAUCCAUCAAAAAGAAAUACACGGGUAGUGACAAUACGAUGCAGCUGAAAGACUACUUCAGUUUACAGCCUUGGGAGCGUGCGACGGCGGACGCUGAAACCCCCCGUUAUAUAUAUCCCGACAAUGACCUCAUCCGGAGCCUCGUUGCCAUCUAUUUCGAAACAAUUAAUCCAAUUUUUCCUAUUCUGCACCGACCUACAUUCGAAAAGCACGUUGACGAAGGAUUGCAUUUCCGAGAUUAUAAUUUCGGUGCUGCACUACUUCUUGUUUUGGCUGUUGCUUCGCGAUAUUCUGACGAUCCCCGAGUAUUGGCACAUCCCAGCUCCAAGCUUUCUUCAGGAUGGAGAUUCUUCGAGCAGGUCCGCAUUUUCAAAAACGCCAUUUACACUCCUCCAUCCUUGUAUGAGCUCCAAUUCGCUGUUCUCGGGGCCAUAUACUCAAUUGGAACAUCUAUUCCUGACUUUAACUGGACAAUGAUUGGGAUUGGCCUACGUUCUGCGAUAGAGAUAGGGCUGCACAGACGAAAGCCUGAAGGUCACAAGUUAACAGUCGACGACGAACUCAAGAAGCGAUCUUUUUGGGCGCUUACCAUAUUCGACAGACUCAUCAGUAUAUAUUUUGGACGCCCUACCAUGGUACAUGAAGAGGACUUCGACCUAGAGCGGCCAAUUGAAUGCGAUGACGAAUAUUGGGAAAUAGCUCCAGAUGGCCAAGUACAGUUCCAUCAACCGGCCGCCAAACCUUCAAAAAUCAGUUUUUUCAUUGCCUCGAUACGGUUAAGCGAGAUAAUCUCGUUUGUCGUGAAGACAUUGUAUUCUAUUAAGAAAGGUCAAGAAAUGUUAGGUCUCACAGGAAAAGGUUGGGAGCAGCGAAUAGUUGCUGAUGUAGACUCAUCCCUGAACGCGUGGGUGGAUUCGAUCCCUGAUCAUCUACGCUGGGAUCCCAAACGCGAGAACAGAGAAUUUUUGUAUCAGUCCGCGGCCCUAUAUAGCAUCUACUACAUGCUCCAGAUACUCAUACAUCGACCCUUCCUACACACAGACUCUCCAUUAUCGAUACCCUCCCUCGUCAUUUGCACGAACGCGGCCAGAUCGUGCUCUCGAAUCCUUGAAGUUCACAUGACUAGAAUGAAGACCGUCACUCCUCACAUAAUUAUGGGUGCGUUCACCUCUGGUGCCGUGCUCGCUAUGAAUAUCUGGAGUGGCAAACGGGCGGGUCAUGCCUCUAAUGCAAAGGACCUGGCCGGUUUCGAUUUGUGUCUAGCCAUCUUCAAAGAUGCCGCCGAUACGUGGAACGUAGCUGGACGUUCACUCACCUUGUUUAAGCUUAUGGCUGCCGUGGAGAGCGCCAAAUCAUUAGAUGACUCUACCGUUCCCCCAACACGACCUGAAGAAAGAGCUACUCCCGUUCCAGUGGCUUCUCUGUGGAGCUUGUACGAUACUGUGCCAAGCGUUACACGUCUUCAAGGAGUUCAACCCUUUGUUGAGCAACCAUCCUCUGACACUUACACGGCGAGUCAGCUCGACCUUGGCCUCCCCUUUGACUGGAAAAACGAAGCCAACGAAGCCAACCUUGGGUUCUCAACUUCCCCCCAGCCGCCAUUUCUCAAUAUGGAAUCAGGGCUGUCUGGGGAACUUUCGAACAGCACGAUCGACAUGUGGACCGGUGCUCCUCUUGGAUUCAGCUUGUCGGAGUGGAAUGCCUAUAUUGCCAACAUGGCACCCGGAAAUAAUGGACAACCUUGACAAGUCGUGUACAUGGGUCGGCGAGGUUACAUGCGCCGGUACAGACAUGCCUUAUCGUAUAAAUGCAGAUGUAUACUAAC